AUGGCCCUUAUCCUGUGUUCGCACGCCGCUCCUGUGAACAAAGCGAAGCACACCGGCCAAGCGACGUUUUUCACCCCGGGUCUCGGCGCAUGCGGGAAGAACAGCAAAUCCUCGGACCACAUGGUAGCCGUGUCAAGCCAAUUCUUCAAAACGUUCCCCGGCGCGGGGGCGAACCCGAACACGAACCCGAUCUGUGGUAAGAAGCUCACUGCCAGCUUCAAAGGGAAAUCCACAACGGUCACCAUCCUGGAUGAAUGCCCUAGCUGUGCCGAGUUUGACCUUGAUCUCUCGCCUGCUGCAUUCAAGGACCUGGCGGACGAGUCGGUCGGCCGGCUUCACGGCAUGACCUGGCACCUCGAUUAA